CGCCGUGCGAGCUGGGAGCGAUUUAAAACGCUUAGGAUUCCCUGGGCCUGGGUGGGGAGAGACUGCUUGCUGCCCCCUAGAACCCCCACCCUCGGCUCCCCAUGAGCCGAUCAUUGGCUCCAUGGAGCCCGGCAAUUAUGCCACCUUGGAUGGGGCCAAGGAUAUCGAAGGCUUGCUGGGAGCUGGAGGGGGUCGGAAUCUAGUCUCCCACUCCUCCCCACUGGCUAGCCAUCCCGCGGCUCCAACGCUGAUGCCCACUGUCAACUAUGCACCCCUGGAUCUGCCAGGCUCUGCAGAGCCACCAAAGCAGUGCCACCCUUGUCCUGGGGUACCUCAGGGGGCAUCUCCAGCUCCUGUGCCUUAUGGCUACUUUGGAGGCGGGUACUACUCUUGCCGAGUAUCCAGGAGCUCCCUGAAACCCUGUGCCCAGACGGCCACCCUGGCUACCUACCCUUCGGAAACUCCUGCACCUGGGGAGGAGUAUCCCAGCCGUCCCACCGAGUUUGCCUUCUAUCCGGGCUACCCGGGACCAUACCAGCCUAUGGCCAGUUACCUGGAUGUGUCUGUGGUGCAGACUCUGGGAGCCCCCGGAGAGCCUCGCCACGAUUCUCUGCUUCCCGUGGACAGUUACCAGCCUUGGGCCCUGGCCAGUGGCUGGAACAGCCAGAUGUGUUGCCAAGGUGAACAGAACCCACCAGGUCCAUUCUGGAAAGCGGCAUUUGCAGAGCCCAGUGUCCAGCACCCUCCUCCGGACGGCUGUGCCUUCCGCCGAGGCCGCAAAAAACGCAUUCCCUAUAGCAAGGGACAGUUGCGGGAGUUGGAGCGGGAGUAUGCGGCCAACAAGUUUAUCACUAAGGACAAGAGGCGCAAGAUCUCGGCAGCCACCAGCCUCUCUGAACGCCAGAUUACCAUCUGGUUUCAGAACCGCCGAGUCAAGGAGAAGAAGGUUCUUGCCAAGGUCAAGACCAGCACUACCCCGUGAGCACCAGAGGGAAUGGGCAGGGGAAGAGGGCUUGUCCUGGAAAAUGGGGAGCCUGCCAGGGCCAGGACUGGCAGAGGACUCGGCUGAGGGACCCCAAGAGAUGACACCUUUAGCAGGCUACUGAGUUCUGGACUGUUCUUCGGGGCUAUCCUGCAUGUGCCGGGAGUGGGAGGCCUGAAAUUACAUACUCCUCCAUCAGGGUUCCGAAGAACCUGUAUCAGUCAUAAUCAUUCAUCCCGACAGUGGUGAUAAUCUCAUAACCAGUACUAGUUGUCAUGAUAAUUAGCCUCAUAUUUUCUAUCUAGAGCUCUCCUGAGCACUUAGAAAUCGCUUUCAUGAGUUGAGCUGAUUGUGAAUAAAUUCGGAAGAUCUUGUAGGAUAGUCUCCUCUCAGAUUCCUUUCCAUGUGUACCCAGUGUGCUCUCCUUUCUCCUGGUUGAGGGGAGAGAGAAUGGGGUGGGGAUGGGGGACAAAGGUAGAUUCAUCCUUCUAAGGUGCCCAUACCUACUUGGCAUUUUUCUGAGAUGAGGGCAGGACAGACCAUGAUAGCGGGUGCUUCUCCCUCCUCCCUGCCCACCUUCUCCUGUGGCCUCCCCCCUCCUGGACAAUCUCCUAGGCUAUACAAGGUGGGAAGCCCCCACCCCAUCCCAAAUGCUGAGAUUUGAUAGUGAAAUGAAACCAGUGUCCUGAUUGGGUCAGAACCCACCAGGAAGUGAAUACCAAGAAAGGACUUACAGACUUGGCAAGACAAUUACUUGGGCACUUUCUUAAACUCUGCUUCUCUUGACAAAUGAUCAAUUUGGGCUAUCCUGGUUGUUCUGACCCAGUUGGAUUAGGGUUUGUUGGGCAUUUAGGAGCCAUGUGCAGUAGCCAUGUGGCCUUGUCAGGAUUCCUUCCAGGCCCAGUGGUUAUAGGAGAGGGCACCAUAUCCUUGGGCUUUUGAAAACACACUAGAGUUUGGGAAACCAAAAAAAUGGCCCCUUUACUCCCCACUAUUUUUCCUGCUCACCUUUCUUUAACACUGGAGGAACAAUUUCUCUCCUCAAGGCCUGGGAGAAGACUAUACCUUUUUACUGUUAUUAACUGUUUUUUUUUAUGUAAAUGACAGCAACUGGAAAAAGUGAAGAGACCCAGGAUUAGGCUGCAGGGAUUCCUGGAACCCAAAGUCAAAGUGGCCUCGACUUCUUUCCCCUUUCACUGUCUGGGUCCCCGAAUAAACUGCACCCAGUGGCACC